CAGAUCUUUUAUACCCCCUCUGUGGCGGCGGGCUCCGAGCCAGCGAGUCGCCGCCUUCUGGUUCGGAAGAGGGAUCCCUCUAUAGCUAUUCUUGAGGCUCCCUUACAUCCGCCGCUGCCGCAGGAUGUACACGAUGCUCGACGUGGUAGUACCGGGAAUUCA